AUGACCACUUCCAUGUACGACGCAAUGAACGUUCCUCAUAUGACUGGAGUCCACCCCGUGGCUAUUUCUAGACCCCAAGUUGGGAUUGAGCGCCUUCCUACUCGACGCAUGAGCAAUGAACCACGGGAAUCCAUGAACUGCAAAUCAAGUGUAAUCGACUUCGACCAUCUUGCGAGGCCUGCCAGGUUUUCCAAUGUCCCUGUGUUUAUGAAACGUGGACCAAAGACAGACGUGUUGGAAGCACUCUUGAAAAGGGUAGAUGGACUUGAGGCAAAAUUGAGAGAAAAGGGCGAGGACGAUGUGUCGCUUGCGACCUCAAAUCUGCCUGAAGUUGGGGACAUGGAAGCUUCUGAAUCUGGCUCUCAAGCUACCGAGACUGGAAAGUCGGUCACGAAACGUGCCACAGUCGAUGCUCGUGCCUCUUCAGUUGAUGCUGGCUCACUUUCUCCGGUAGCUCGACAUACCACCGACGCCAGUGGAUAUCAAGCAGCUGCUAAUCUUAGUGAAGACUUCGCAGCGCGGGCUAGGCGGGAGAUCAAUACCGAUGAACCUUCGAUAGAUGGAUUGCAGGCAAUUUUGUUGCUUGUCAGUGCCUUUACGGCAACAGGCAAGGGGAAGAAAGCUUACAUGCUUAUGACGAGUGCCACCGGUAUGGCCAUGGCGCUCGAAAUACAUAAGGAAACCGACAGCCAGGCACGCAUGACGCCAAUCGAACGAGAGAUGCGACGUCGUUUAUUCUGGACUUGUUAUCUACUUGACCGCUUCCAAGCAACUGGCUCUAAGCGACCGAGUCUGAUCAGCGACAACACCAUCAUGCUACGCCUUCCAUCCUGGUCCCCUAACUCGGCCUCCCUCCCUGUCGAAGGGGAGUUCUUCCAAACUGGAUCGAACCUGCAGUAUUUUCAAGGCAGCGACAAAAAGCCUCAAGGAAGCAUGGGAAUGCUCAUUGAUAUCACUCGCGUUCUCGGAAACACAAAUCGCUAUCUAGCUGCUGGUGGUGUUAAAGCCGACUCCCACUUCCCAUGGCACACGCUGUCCACCAUUUCCAAGAUUCGCCAAGAUCUCGAUGUUUGGGCUUCUGGAACCGAAGACGCAUUCUCAAACCUCGGAACACUGUUCAGACAGGCUGAUGGGACCAUACUAUUGCUCAGCAAGCUCAUUUACCAUCUCAUUCACUGCCUGAUCUAUCGACCAUUCCUCCCCAUCGAUCUAGCGGAGCUGGCUGAAACCGGGCAGCAUCAGUCAUGGCAGAUUGAAGCUACCAACAUGUGCUUUCUUCACGCCAAUGCGAUCAUGGAGUUGAUUCAACUUGGAAAGCAGUCAGCAAUCGUUGACUGGCCUGCAUUUGUGGGAUACUGUGUCUGCACAGCAGGCACAGUUCAUGUUCACGGCGCCCACUACAGCCAGCAAGGAAGUCAAGGCGAGGUUAAUGUCUUCAGCUCUGCAACAGAGUUCCUUUCCAGUGAGAUGCAGUUCCUCAACGAGCUUCGAUACGCCUGGGCCACAGUACAGCAUCAGCGCGAAACGCUACAGGACAUCAGCCACGCUCACGGAGAAUUGGUGAAGGCGCUAGCGCGCAGCUCAAUGCGAUACACACCUGGGUUCCACAGCGAAGACUUCUUUGAUCGUUACUCAAACAUAGGGGGGCCUGGUGGACCAUCCUUCAGCUUUGAUGCAGCCAAUCUCCGUCUUUCAGAUGUCGGAGUUGACAUGGGUGCCGGACCGGCAGCCGAGGGAACGCUGCGAAGCAUCGACAGGCCACAGCGUCCCAACCUCAAACGUAAGAACACAGCACCGCCCGGUCCUAUCAACCGAAGACGGCCUGAUGUUAAGGUGAUCUCAAGCCUCGCCCCCUCUGCCACGGGCCUUCCUACGCCAGGCACUGCCCGUCGGUCGUUUUCAUACGCACCCGGGGGGAUGCCUCAUUCAUCACCUGGUCUCCUUGCAACCCCCACAUCCCUUCCAGGUCACCAUGAAAAUCAUGACAUGUAUGCUAUGCAUGAGCACAUGGGCGAUGCAUCUUCGAACAACGCUGCAGUUGCUGCAGCCGCCGCUGCGGGUUUCAACAUGUCGCCUACGUCGCAUGCUGUUUCAUCUCACCACAUGCACCAGAUCGGCGGUGCACCUUUUAGCCCGCCAUACAGCUAUGGUUCCGGAUCGAGCAUUACCAAUUCUGGCCCGGGCAUGAUCAAUGAGGCCAACGGGGGCUAUGAUGCAAUGUUUGGAACAGUGCCAACGAAUGCCUUUGGCAGCCCUGCCGUCUGGCAAGCCGACGACAGCCACGGCAAGAUGCAUCUUGCGCAGACUAGAGCUGUAGCAGGAAGCCCCGGAGCCCGGAGCAACAAUGGCAGCACUGGAACGGGCCAAGGGGAGGAGAAGGAUCCGUUCUUGGCCCUCCUGGAGCAGCUCGCCGAGAAUGAGCACCGAGCUCAAAACGGUCAUGGAGGGGAUAUUGAUUUCUUCCUUGGAAAUUCUGGCACGAGUGUCUAA